ACUCAAUACUGUGGUUUGCCUCGCACUUCCACUUGUGAUCAUUGUAACCACUUUUUUUUAUAAUAUCACAAAUCACGAACGCAACGAAUUGAAAAUGAAGUUCGCCACUGCUUUCACCGCCCUAGUAGCUUCAAUGGCUGUCGGCGCCGAAGCCGGUAUGCCAAAAAACAAGAGACAGUUUAAGAAAGAACUGAACCGACGAAUGAAAAACGGACAGUUCGAUGCAGCAACACUCAUGAGAGGUGCAAAGCCACACAACGAAGCGGCGAAGCGUCGUAAGCUUGAUGACGAUAUGCAGGUCACCUCCGCCAACAGUAUUCAAUUCGUUAGCUGUUUUUCCUUGACCACCUCUUACGAAGACCUUUUCGAUGGUGAUGACAACGACGGCCAGCUUCAGACAUUGUAUUCGCAAGGCCAAGUAAUGGCAAUGGAGUCGUACGCGAUCUUCCGAUUGUGCAACAACGGAAGCUGCAACUACAACAACUACAUGGAGUACGUCAUUGACUUGAAUACCUAUGUAGCGGCACUCGUGAACUACUUGCCCACGCAAAUGGAGAAUUACUGCGAGGGGUGCAAGGAGAACCAAGACUCUUGUUAUAACCAAAACUACGGCGGGAACCAAUACGAUGGUCAGCAAUACGGAGGCCAAUAUGGAGGUAACUACAACAACGGCAACAACGCGAACCAGAACCAGGACGAAAACAGGAACGAGAAUGACAACGCGUACAAAUACCAGCAAUACAACGCGUAUGACAACAACUACAACGGUGCACAGGUCAACAACGUGAACUACAGCGGACAAUACGGCCAGUACAACAACGGCAACAACCGGAAGCUGGCAGAGCUCCAUGAGUUUGAGUCCCGUGUCCUUCAAGGCCAAGUCGUGAGGGAACUCGAUUGCGACCUCUGUGUCGAAUACUCUUGUUUUGAAGAGGAAGGAGGCAACAACAAUAACAACCAACAAAAUGACUACAACUUCGAAGAUGCUUCCGAAUGGCUCACUGAGAUGUCUCAAUGUGUCGACCUCGAGGCAUCGUACAACCCCUAUGGUUACCAAAACGGCAACAACGGAGGCGGCGCCGAUGACAACAACAUCUUCGCAGGACUUGUUUGCAACGGUGAUGGUACAGGUGUUGAAAUCGGUUUGUUUAUGGACGAAGACUGCCAUUUGUAUCUUACCAAUGAGGCAUACUCCAACUACAUGAGUUACAGUGACCAGACCUACGCGCAGAUGACGAAAGAAAUUGUGGAAUUCACUUUCUCUAGUGCAGUCUUCACCUGCAACGACGAAGACGUUGUCUACACCACUAACCUUCAGAAUUACUACGCAAACAAUGGUUACAACAACAACAACAACAACGGAGGGGAAGACAGAGGUGAGGUCUCGGAAUGGUGCGAACAACUCUUUGAAKGUGAUAACGAAAACGAAGCCGUUCCUAUUGAAAUGGCCACUUGCGGAGCUUACGCCCAAUAUGGCGGCAAUGGUUACUACGAUGGAGGCCAGAACUGGCAAGAGAAGUACGACUCGUACAUGAACCAAAAUGAGCAAAACCAAUACAUGUAUAUGUACGACUGGUACAGAUUCGAAAUCUCCGAAGACGACGCAUACGACAUGCAAGCAGUCUGCAAGGUUGUGCGAAAGAGCGGCGGAGAACUUCACACGUUCUAUAACUCCGCCAAUGGAAACAUCUACGACUACAGCAACGGUGCGUCGGACAACAUCUCGGAGUUCAUGGACGAUACCAGCAACAGCAUUUUCUUUGGAUCGGACAAGCUCUCUGGUGGAGCCAAAUUUGGUAUCGUUGUCUUGAUCGGUUUGAUCUCUGGUGCGGGUGUCGCUCUUUACCUUCGUUUCAAGUCUACCGUCGUCGAUGACAAGAAUGUCGGCCUGAUGGAAGACGUACCCGAACAGAAGGGAGAAGUCGCCUAGACUUUAUUAUCCACUUUUUUCUCUGCACACUCCUUUCCAUACAUAUACAACUAGUGUCCCAUCUUGUCUCAACUAUCACCCCUUUUUUAUCGACGAAUAAAAGAUCUGAACAUUAAUUAAAAAAAGAACACUGA